AUGGCGCUCAAAACAUCGCUUGAAUUGGUUCUGGACAAAGUCAGGGGGGAUGGGACGGGGGGCCUGAGGCUGGGAGGGAGCAAGAAUCGUGUGGCGGCGCGGGACGAGGUUCGUGAGCCGCUGCCGGCGGGCGCAAGCGUGCGCGGGGUGGAGUGGAGGUCGAUCUUCGGGGAGCCGCAGAAGAGCAGCCAGGGGUUGGACGAGGACGGGAAUCCGCUGUGCAAGAUGUGCCAGAAGAUCUGCAGGGGCCGCUUCGCCAAGUUCCCCAAGAAAAUGGCCGACCUCUUUUGCACGCUGACCUGCGCGGAUCAAUACUCGACUCGCACGAGCAGCGCCCACAACCGGCGGCGGCUGUUCGAACUAGAGCGGGGGGUGUGCUCCAUGUGCAACCUGGACUGCCACAAGAUGGUGACCACUCUGAAGGGCCUGUCUGACGCGCAGCGCCGCAAGUCCAUUUUCGAGAUGGCUCCCGCGUUCCUGGACUACCCCAAGAAACUAGACUAUCUGCUGGCCAACUUUAACGAGGGCAACGCCUGGCACGCGGAUCACAUCGUUGCCGUCUACGAGGGCGGGGGCGAGUGCGACUUAGAGAACCUGCGCACGCUGUGCGUCCCCUGCCACGCCAAGGUGACGUCAGAGCAGACGAAGCGGCGCGCUAGUGAGGCGCGCCUGGCAAAGAACGACGACCCGAAGCAGCGGAAGCUCAGCUUCGUGCCACGUGUCAAGAAGAAGCGGCCCGCGGAGUUCGUCGACCUGGGGAGCGACGAGGUGCGGACACGUGGAUAUGGUGUCUCUUGCACAGCUGUGUUCCUCUCGGGAGCCAAUGCAUUCGCCACUAGUUUGAAAGGACUGGAGGAUCACGAUUGGCUCCGCCUCAGUUCGUUCUUAUGGGACUUACGAGACUUGGCUCGCCCCCGAGAUGCCUUGUCUCGCCUCCUGCGGUCCUCGAUCAGAAACGACAGAAAAGAGUCUCUAGACGCAAGCGCGCUCACAACGGGGUCCAUCCAUCCAUUUCAGCCUCUCUCAAUGCUGGAAUUCUCUAAUGACUGCAGCGCAGGAAGCGUCUCCGCUCGCAAAAGGCCUCGUCUCGCCUCCUGA